GCGGCAAUCCAAAGUGAAAGUGAAAGUACACAGAUCACGGUGACAACACACUUAAUUUGACUUGGCAUCUUUGUGCGGUUUGUGCCACAGACUAUUUAUUGACCAUCAGCUACUUCAACAUGGCUUCAUAUUUUGAUGAACAUGACUGUGAGCCUCUUCAAGAUGGGGAACAACCUAAUCAUAUACUUCAUAUGGCUAGGCUAUUGUUAGAUAGUGGCUUAGGAGCAGAAUGGGAUAUGGAAUAUGGAAGUGUAUUUGGAGGUGAACGUAAAGUUCCCCCAGCAUCAAAGGCCAGUGUUGAGGCUUUAGAUACACAUCUAGUCAAUCCAACAGAAGCAGCUUUAGAAAAGAAGUGUCCUAUAUGUUUGUCUCUAUUAGAUGAAGAAGAUGAAGUUAAGAAGAUGCCUUGUUCACACAUAUUUCAUUCAAAAUGUAUAUUACCAUGGUUAGAAAAGGUUAACAGUUGUCCAGUUUGUCGCCAUGAGCUGCCAACAGAUGAUCCUGAAUAUGAAGAAUUUAAAAAACACAAGGCUCGAGCUAAGCAGAGAGAGUUUGAACUUGACACUCUUCACAUUUCUAUGUUUGGAUGAUUUUAAUGUUCUGUGAUUGACAGAGAGACAAUAUAUGUGGCAGAUUAUUUAAUAUUCUUAGUGACAACAUUUUAUCUUGUAUUUAUUAUAUAAACUACAUAUAUGAUCAUAUAUUAUAAAUGAUCAUAAAUGUCAAAAUCAAAAUGUAAAUGCCAUGGUGUAAUGUAGAAAAGUAAUUUACAUUUGAAGCAUUUGUAUUUGUAUACAUUUGCAGGAGAGAAGCCUUGUGAAGUGGUAGGAACCAUGAUGGGAAGUUCUUCGAAUUAGAUAUAAUACUAAAACGAACUCAAGUUACAUUGUAAACAAACAUUAAUUUUCUAUAUUUAUCUUAUCUAUUUAAAACUCUGUAUUGCUACCUUCACUUUUCAUUGUUUCUCUCACCAUGAUCAUGUCAAAUUCAAUGCACCACUUUGAGUACUUCAGGGAUUAACUUCUGUAUAAAAAAUGUCCUGAUGAAGCCUGCCUUGUAGGCGAAACAUGUAGACCAUAGCAAAUAAAAUUGCAGACCA